CUUUGUUUUGCUCAGGAACAUUUCCGGUGUAAACCGGAAUCUCUCCAAUCUCAACACAAGCUUUCAGUUAGCUUAGCUUCAUCGCUUUGUUUUUUUAGUCAUAUAUCAUGACUAAAUGUUCAUUUAAAGUUGAUUAACGUCUAAUCUCGCCGAUACUAUUUCUAAAGUAUUCAUGAUUCAUCUGCUUUCUGACUGUUAAACCGCUGAUCUGGAGAUCAUGGAGAAAGAUGUAAAGGCAGUCGUCCCUUCUGCCGUGGGUGCAGGAGCGUCAGUCGGGCCGAUGGUUUCACAGAGCAGGUCAGAGGACGAAGAGUCAGCCGCUGUGAAGAGAACCGCUGCGCAGGCCUUCAGCGGAGCAGGACUGAUCCCCAAACGCAGGAGCUCCUCCAGAUCAAUAAAGAGAAAGAAGUUUGAUGAUGAACUGGUUGAAAGUAGCCUCGCGAAAUCUACCACUCGGGUCAAAGGUCAGCCAGUCAUUGAGCCAAUCAGAUGCACUGGGAGUGACCUCAUGUCCAGCGACAAGAAAAAGGGUUUGAAGUCUGCCAGCUCUCUGACGCCACCUCUUACCAUGGUGAUCGCUCCUUCAUCAAUGACUAAACGCAUGAAGAAGAACAAGCAGCCGCUGCAGAUCACCAAAGACCUGGGCCGCUGGAAGCCCACAGAUGACCUGCUGCUCAUCAAUGCUGUCUUACAGACCACAGAUCUGACGUCAGUUCAUCUGGGCGUGAAGUUCAGCUGUCGCUUUACGCUGCGGGAGAUCCAGGAGCGAUGGUACGCUCUGCUGUACGAUCCAGUGAUAUCAAAGCUGGCGUGGCAGGCCAUGAGACAGCUCCAUCCAGAGGCCAUCGCAGCAAUUCAGAGUAAAGCUCUUUUCGGUCAGGCAGAAGAAGCCCUGCUCGCCAAGAUCACCUCUAACAGUCAGCCCAAGCUGGACGUCUUUCAGGAUUUGCUGAACAAGCAUCCAAAUGUGUUUUACCCAUCUCGUACCGCUAAGAACCUGCUGGUGCACUGGCAGCUCCUGAAGCAGUACUAUUUACUGGAGGAUCAGAGCGUUCAGCCUCUGCCUAAAGGAGAGCAGGUGCUGAACUUCUCUGAUGCGGAGCAGGUGGUUGAUGAUGCCAAACUCAAGGACAGCAGAGAUGAAGUCUUAGAGCACGAGCUGAUGAUCGCAGACCGACACCAGAAGCGUGAGAUCAGACAGCUGGAGCAGGAGCUUCCUCGCUGGCAGGUUUUAGUGGACAGUAUCACAGGCAUGAACUCACCGGACUUUGAUAAUCAGACGCUGGCGGCUUUGCGUGGACGAAUGGUCAGAUAUCUGAUGAGAUCCAGAGAGAUCACACUUGGUCGUGCUACUAAAGACAAGCAGAUAGACGUCGAUCUGUCUUUGGAAGGACCGGCGUGGAAGAUCUCCAGAAAACAAGGAAUCAUUAAACUGAAAAAUAAUGGAGAUUUCUUCAUUGCCAAUGAAGGCCGAAGGCCCAUUUAUAUUGAUGGACGACCAGUUUUAUCUGGAAACAAGUGGAAACUCAAUAACAACUCUGUGAUGGAAAUUGCAGGUCUGCGCUUUGUGUUUCUGAUCAAUCAGGAGUUGAUUUCUCUCAUUAAAGCUGAAGCUGCGAAGAUGAACCAGCCAUGAUGGAAAAACCCACCAGUUCACUUUCCAUUAAAUCUGUAAACGAGACAGGAGACGAACUCUAAUAUCUCUUUACCUCUGACCAGAAGACCUUCAGCACAGCAAACAACUGAGCCCAGAUCUGUUGGAGGAAAAUCAGGUGGAGAGUCAAUAUGCCUGUCACUAAAGGCACAUUCAGACGGAAAGAAGAGUGUGUGUGUGUGUGUGUGUGUGUGGUAGGAUUGUUGUUUUCAGCUCGUGUGUUUUGUUAAAUUGUAUAUUUGGGUUUGUUUGUAAUGAAAUCUCAGUUAAGCUUGUAUUGUCCGAUCUAAGACAGUACGCUAAUAUUCUGCCAAGACAGAACUAGUGUAAAUAUAUUCAUAGAUUAAAGCAGAGCAGUGUUUUAA